CGCAGGUUGAAAGGGUUGUUGUUGUUUGCCAUCUACAGAAAAUUUUGCAAACUAGGUUAUCUAUCAUGUUUAAUAAUUAAUUAGGCCUUUAAUUAAUUAUCUCCCACUAUUUUUAACAAAUCAAUAACCCUCGAUAUUGAUUCGGAGAUUUCCGGCGAAACCUCUAGUGGGCCAAGAUCCAUAUUUCAUUAUCUUGCGUUCCGCUUGGGCGUUACUCCACAAGACAACUAUUUAGGUAGGAACAUAGUUCCAACUGAUGAGCCGGGCUCUCAGCUCUUGGUCUGGUGUUGGGCGAACAAUAUUACUACAACCGGACCAGGACACCUUUUCACCGUACUUGUAAUUGGCUGAGGCACGUCUUACAAGCAGACUACUUUGGUUAGGAACAGAGUUCCAAUUAAAUCAUAAAGAUCCAACUCCUGGCUGGAUGAGUAAGUAAAAUCAUCCGACUUGUCAUUGAUGACCCCAACUUACUGCCUCUGAGUCGUCCAUCCAUUUGACCGAGACUCAGUUAAGUCUAACCCAACGUGCGACAGCGACCACGCUAUGGCGGUUCCCGUAACCAGCUUAACAUACACCGUACUAUGCUCUGCUGAGGCUGAGUACAUGACAGUGCACAUUAGCCAGAUAGGUGCCGGGCGUCAGAAGGCGACAGACUUAAUAUUCGUGAGGGAUUUAUAAUUUCGAUCUCACCUAUCGACAUGGCCGCGCACAUGUCCAUUACUAGCGUUCAACAUACAUUCAACAUGCAUUCACAAAACGCAGUAAUUAAACGUGUAAUGAUUGUGGCCCCUAAAAGAAAAAUAAAACGAUAGCUCCCACUGGCUUCCGGUCACUUGGACUUCGGGCUAUCUUCAUUCUUUUAGAUUUUUUCAAACGGUCUUCAAAUCUUUUCGUCUUCUAACCACGACGUGAGAAAAGAAUCCUCGGUUGAGCAAAGUGGAAAGGUGAAAACUGAAAAGUCAUAUGCUCGAUCGUAUCCUUCCAUGUUCUCCGUGCUCUCCAAACCCUAGAACACGAUCUGAGAAACACUUCUCCAUCUGCUCGAUUUGGCAAAAGCUUCGCCAAGGUAUUAUCUCUGGACACCUUUUAGCAUGCCAACUGCACAACGUCACCGACAAAUAGGGAUUUCAAAGUAUUUUUCUUAUUUAAAUGGAGAAGCAAAAGAGGGAAGAAAAAAGAAUAAUACUUGGAGAAUCUCAUUUGAGUCGGAUGUACGAGAAGAAUUGUACAGUCUGUGAAAAUUAGCAGAAGAGCAACGCGUCGAUUGAAAACAAAGGGAAUACAGAGCAAUUCAUGUAUAGAGCAGCCGGCACGGAUCGUGGAAGAAGAAGAUGAUGAUGACAAUUAGGGAGCAAAGAUCCGAUCGGAGGAAGCAGAGACCCGACCCGAGGGCUGCCCUACCCUUCUCAAUCCGAAAUCGAGGAAGCAACGUGCAAGAAACCUAAUUGAAGAUAAGCGGUUGAUUUAUAGAGCUGAGAUCGAUGCGAUGCAGAUAAUGAUAUGAUCAUCGGAUUGCAACCAGAGAUCCUCAAAAAAACGCCGCACUCAUACACAAGGUGCCGGAAUUGGGAAAGCGGCGCCACUGGAAAUUCACCGUUCGAUGCUCGGAGAAACAAGCUCAGCCCAGCCUCAGGACGUGCAAAAUUUGCAAGGCAAAGUUCGAUCCUCUGCUCAAUCACAGCCGUGCUUGCCGUUACCACCCUGCCCAUUUUGGAGGCAGUGAAUAUAUGUGAAAUCCAUGUCCUGCAGUGCUAAAUCCACACUCUGGAAAAUACUAAUCUUAUCUCAAUUUCGUUUUUUCAUUUGCAAUGGCAAAAUCACAACAUUCAAACAUAAGUAGUAACUUGUCUUAGUACCGAGUAGUUUUUUUUCUUUACCAUUGCAUUUCCUGUGAUCCAAACGCUCCCUAAAUGCUGUGAAUGUAGGAAUCAAUUGUGUUUUACUUU